ACGUCACCCUAGCCCAGAGCGACUUCGCCAUGCUGAAGAAGAUGACGACGGUGUGAUCUAUCUUGGUAACAGCAAGUAUACGUCAGCCCUCAUAAGGAUCCUAUCGACUAUCUAUCACUAUAAGUGUCAACGUAUACCUAUGAGUAUUCACUAUACGUAUCUACGUCUACUUGGCCUCUACAAGGGUACGUUUCUGUCUACGUUGUCCGAUCACGCUAAGUCCAACAACUGUACUAACGUGGUUCACGACUUGCACCAGAACCUAGGGGAGUCUAUGGCUGACGUCUUUGCCAAGUACGAACACGCUAUUCAGCUACUGAGCGUCGACAGUGUGGAUGCAGAGGCACGUCUCGACUCUCUAAGACAGGCCGAGCAACGUGUCUACUAUCGUGACUACGUUAUGAUCGAGAACGACACCAACUAG